AAGGAGAGCUGGUCACAAACUGCUUCAAAAACAGGUACACACUGCAGGCCUCCACCUUCCAGAUGGCCAUCCUGCUGCAGUACAACACAGAGGACAGCUACACUGUCCAGCAGCUCACCGACAGCACACAGAUCAAAACUGACAUUCUGGUUCAGGUUCUGCAGAUUUUGUUAAAAUCCAAGCUGCUGGUGAUGGAGGACGAGAACGCCAAUGUGGACGAGGUGGAGUUCAAACCGGACACCGUCAUCAAACUUUUCCUCGGAUACAAGAAUAAAAAACUGAGAGUCAAUAUCAACGUCCCGAUGAAGACGGAGCAAAAACAGGAGCAGGAGACAACUCACAAGAACAUUGAGGAGGAUCGAAAGCUCCUCAUUCAGGCUGCUAUAGUGAGGAUCAUGAAGAUGAGGAAGGUCCUGAAGCACCAGCAGCUCCUGGCUGAAGUCCUUAACCAGCUGUCGUCUCGAUUCAAACCCAGAGUUCCCGUCAUCAAGGUAACAUGCACAUCUUAUUUUGCUCACAGGGAUAACUCCGGUCAUGUUUCAUAUACGGUGGACAUGAAUUAG